GCCACGUCUCGAUACACCCGGUUGAACCAGACGGUCGCGUCUAGACCGGUCUCCUAUCUCACCGCCAUCCUCUGUGAGUGCCACCGCUCGGUCUCUCCAUUCAUUCUUUGUUCCCGCUCUCUCUUCCGCGCUCCCUCAUAGACCUCUUCCGCAUCCGCCGCCCCCCUCUCCUUUCUGCUCCCUUCCCUCUUUCUCCCUCUCUUUCCCUUCAGUACCAUACUCACACCAUACUGCCAUGCCUCACCAUGUACCACCAUCAAUAGAGAGCAUCCUGCAGCUCUCCAACAUCCCGAGCUCGCAGCCCUCGACGACCACUCUCACCACCCUCAUGGACUCCGGCAGUCCUACUGGCAGUCCCCCGCCGCUGCCAAUCGACCCGAACGAUAACCGGCCACCCGGGGGCACGCGCAGGUCCAAUGGCACAAAGACCCCUCGCAAGGUGCAGUGGACAGACGAGCGCAACGCGGCCGACCCGAACCUGUCGCCGCGCGCAUUGGACGAGCAUGGGCUUGAUGUGAGCACUCACUUCUUUCUCAAUUUUUCUUCCGUGAUCCGUCCCCUGGGCCUCGGCCACCGCCUCGCACCACGACCACCUUAUCGUGUCGCGCCCGUCGACAUGUCCGUGUCUUGAUGUGCGCGCAUGGUUCGUUCCUGCGACACAUCAUGCAGGUCGAUGAGAGCGCGGAUGC